UUGUCAUAAUUCAAAAAUCUAAAUCGCUACCACUCACGUGCAUAUUAUACAUAUCGUCAUAAUUCAAAAAGUUAAACCGAUAACACUCUCACGUGCGUAUUAUACACAUUGUAAUUCGCAAAACCGUUGUUAUCUCGUUUUGAUAUUUGCAUUUCGAAAAGGUAUAAGAUGGAACAGUUACUCGACGAAAUUCCAAACAGUGUGCCAGAAGAGUCCAUAUUAAACUCUUUAUUUGAGGAAUAUUUCAAUCACAAGCAUUUUAAGAGCAAGUGUCAGAGAAAUGCGAUAGUCAAGAUAUUGAAAAGAGAAUCCGACGUGAUUGUUUCGUUGCCAAAGGGACAUGGAAGGACUACAUGCUUUCAACUUCCUAUAGUAUUAUGCCCGAAAAAGGUCUCCAUAGUUGUUGUUUGUCUAUCGUCACGGAUUGAAGAGCAAAUAACCCGUUUGGAUUGUAGACAUGUUUACGCAGAAGUCAUUCAUGCUGGGACGUCUUUGGAAGAAUAUGAAGAUAUAAAAAGCACUAUAAAUGAAUUAUCCACUAUAAGGAGUACUCUAAAUAGUAUACUCUAUGUGACACCCGAUGUAGUCUCUACUGUUAACUUCGUCGACUUAUUGGACCAUUUAAAUGACAUUAAUAGUUUAGGGUAUAUAGCCGUUGACUUAUCGUACUGUGAAAAUGACUGGUUAAGAGGCCUAACUAAGGAGCGUUACGCUUUAGGUUUACUCAGAAACAAAUUCAUCGAUACAUCUUGGGUUGUCACAACCGAAAAAAACCUGUUCUGAAUUUGUCAAUAACAUCAAAUCUACACUGCGUCUUAGAACUCGAAGGGAUGAUAUCCCCAGGGAUGCUAUACCUUGGUUUUCUUUGGAUAUUGAAGGUGAUGAUGU